UCUUUUAUUAUUUUCCCCCAAGAGAGACUCAAACUUGAGCACUUGAUCCCGUUUCUUGGAUUGCUUCUGGAGGAGACGGCUUGGUAGCAACGUUGGGAAAAGCGAGGACAGGGUUGUAACUCAUUUUUUUAAAGCGACAGUAGAUAAGACUUUUUAAAUGUUUGGGAUCCAAGAUACUUUAGGAAGAGGACCAGCUCUAAAAGAGAAAUCGCUGGGCGCCGAGAUGGAUUCGGUCAGGUCCUGGGUCCGAAACGUCGGCGUGGUGGACGCCAAUGUCGCGGCGCAGAGCGGCGUAGCCCUGUCCCGGGCCCACUUUGAGAAACAGCCUCCCUCCAACUUGAGGAAAUCCAACUUCUUUCACUUCGUCCUGGCGCUCUACGACAGGCAGGGGCAGCCGGUGGAGAUCGAGCGCACCGCCUUCGUAGACUUUGUGGAGAACGACAAAGAACAAGGCAAUGAGAAGACCAACAACGGCACCCACUACAAGUUACAGCUGCUCUACAGCAACGGUGUCCGCACCGAGCAGGACCUGUACGUCAGGCUCAUUGACUCAGUCACCAAGCAGCCCAUAGCUUACGAGGGACAAAAUAAGAAUCCGGAAAUGUGCCGAGUUCUCCUGACACACGAAGUGAUGUGCAGUCGGUGUUGCGAAAAGAAAAGUUGUGGCAACCGAAAUGAGACUCCUUCAGACCCUGUCAUCAUCGACAGAUUCUUUUUAAAAUUUUUCCUCAAGUGCAAUCAGAAUUGUUUGAAAACAGCAGGAAACCCAAGGGACAUGAGAAGGUUUCAGGUCGUAUUGUCAACAACAGUGAAUGUGGAUGGACAUGUGCUGGCUGUUUCCGACAACAUGUUUGUUCACAACAACUCGAAGCAUGGACGGAGAGCCAGAAGGCUGGACCCGUCGGAAGCAACUCCAUGCAUCAAAGCCAUUAGCCCAAGUGAAGGCUGGACCACUGGAGGAGCCAUGGUCAUCAUUAUUGGGGACAACUUCUUUGAUGGCCUCCAAGUGGUGUUUGGGACCAUGCUUGUAUGGAGUGAGCUAAUAACUCCUCAUGCCAUCAGAGUGCAGACUCCUCCUCGGCACAUCCCUGGGGUCGUAGAAGUGACAUUGUCUUAUAAAUCCAAACAGUUCUGCAAAGGAGCUCCAGGGAGGUUCAUUUACACAGCAUUAAAUGAACCCACCAUAGACUAUGGCUUUCAGAGACUGCAGAAGGUCAUCCCAAGACAUCCUGGAGAUCCUGAGAGAUUAGCUAAGGAAAUGCUAUUGAAAAGAGCUGCAGAUCUGGUGGAGGCACUCUAUGGAACACCACACAAUAACCAGGACAUCAUUCUGAAGCGAGCUGCGGACAUCGCUGAAGCCCUCUACAGUGUCCCCAGGAAUCCCAGCCAGAUCCCAGCUCUCUCCAGCUCCCCAGCUCACAGUGGCAUGAUGGGCAUCAAUUCAUAUGGCAGCCAGCUCGGGGUCAGCAUCUCAGAGUCAACACAGGGAAACAAUCAAGGAUACAUCCGCAACACGAGCAGCAUCUCUCCACGGGGCUAUUCUUCCAGCUCCACCCCCCAGCAGUCUAACUACAGCACCUCCAGUAACAGCAUGAAUGGCUACAGCAACGUCCCCAUGGCCAACCUGGGUGUUCCAGGGUCACCGGGAUUUCUCAACGGCUCCCCCACCGGCUCCCCUUAUGGAAUCAUGUCAUCAAGUCCCACGGUUGGAUCUUCCAGCACAUCCUCCAUCCUCCCGUUUUCCUCUUCAGUUUUUCCUGCUGUCAAACAGAAGAGUGCCUUUGCCCCUGUCAUCAGGCCCCAAGGCUCCCCUUCGCCUGCCUGCUCCAGUGGCAACGGAAACGGAUUCAGAGCCAUGACUGGACUUGUCGUGCCCCCGAUGUAAAGAAGAGGAAGAACAGCUUUCUUAUAGCACAAAACUAUUUAC